GUCCUUGGUAGCAGCCACUCCCUGGGCUAAACAGCAUCACCAUGUCUGUUCGAUACAGCUCAAGCAAGCAAUACUCUUCCUCCCGCAGUGGAGGGGGGGGAGGAGGAGGAUCAUCCCACAGAAUUUCGAGCAGCAAAGGCUCCCUUGGUGGAGGAUUUAGCUCAGGGGGCUACAGUGGUGGCUCUUUUAGCCGCGGGAGUUCUGGUGGGGGCUGCUUUGGGGGCUCAUCAGGUGGCUAUGGAGGAUUAGGAGGAGGUUUUGGUGGAGGUAGCUUUGGUGGAGGCUAUGGGAGCAGCAGCUUUGGUAUGGGCUAUGGAGGAGGCGGCUAUGGAGGAGGCGGCUUCGGAGGAGGCAGCUUUGGAGGAGGCAGCUUUGGUGGGGGCAGCUUUGGUGGAGGCAGCUUUGGAGGUUUUGGUGGUGGAUUUGGAGGAGAUGGCGGCCUUCUAUCCGGAAAUGAAAAAGUAACCAUGCAAAAUCUGAAUGACCGCCUGGCUUCCUACUUGGACAAAGUUCGGGCUCUGGAAGAAUCAAACUAUGAGCUAGAAGGCAAAAUUAAGGAGUGGUAUGAAAAGCAUGGCAACACAGGCCGGCGAGAGCCUCGUGACUACGGCAAAUACUACCAAACUAUUGAGGACCUUAAAAACCAGGUGUUCAACCUAACAACUGAUAAUGCCAAUGUCCUGCUUCAGAUCGACAAUGCCAGGCUGGCAGCUGAUGACUUCAGGCUGAAGUAUGAGAAUGAGGUAGCCCUGCGCCAGAGUGUGGAGGCCGACAUCAACGGCCUGCGCAGGGUGCUGGACGAGCUGACCCUGACCAAGGCUGACCUGGAGAUGCAGAUCGAGAGCCUGACUGAAGAGCUGGCCUACCUGAAGAAGAACCAUGAGGAGGAAAUGAAAGAUCUUCAGAAUGUGUCCACUGGUGAUGUGAAUGUGGAAAUGAAUGCUGCCCCAGGUGUUGAUCUGACUCAACUUCUGAAUAACAUGAGAAGCCAAUAUGAACAACUUGCUGAACAGAACCGCAAAGAUGCUGAAGCCUGGUUCAAUGAAAAGAGCAAGGAAUUGACUACAGAAAUUGACAGUAACAUUGAACAAAUGUCCAGCCAUAAAACUGAGAUUACUGAACUGAGACGCACCAUACAAGGUCUGGAGAUAGAACUACAGUCCCAGCUGGCCCUGAAACAGUCCCUGGAAGCCUCCUUGGCAGAAACAGAAGGUCGCUACUGCGUGCAGCUCUCACAGAUUCAGGGCCAGAUCUCCUCUCUGGAGGAGCAGCUGCAACAGAUCCGAGCUGAGACCGAGUGCCAGAAUACUGAAUACGAACAACUUCUGGAUAUCAAGAUCCGACUGGAGAAUGAAAUUCAAACCUACCGCAGCCUGCUAGAAGGAGAGGGAAGUUCCAGAGGCGGAUCCUACGGCGGCGGCAGUUCCGGUGGCGGCGGCGGCUACGGCGGGAGUUCCGGUGGCGGCGGAGGCUACGGCGGCAGUUCCGGCGGCGGCGGCAGCUACGGCGGCAGUUCCGGGGGCGGCGGCGGCGGAAGCUACGGCGGCAGUUCCGGCGGCGGCGGCGGAAGCUACGGCGGCAGUUCCGGUGGCGGCGGCGGAAGCUACGGCGGCAGUUCCGGUGGCGGCGGCGGCUACGGCGGCAGUUCCGGCGGCGGCGGCGGAAGCUCCAGCGGCGGCGGCGGCUACAAGUCCUCGUCUUCCGGGUCCGCUGGAGAGUCCUCAUCUAAGGGACCCAGGUCAGCAGAAACUAGCUGGGAUACUAGCAAAACCAGAUUAAUCAAGACAAUUAUUGAAGAGGUGGCACCUGAUGGUAGAGUCCUUUCAUCUAUGGUUGAAUCAGAAACCAAGAAACACUACUACUAAGUUACCUCAAGAGGAAAGAGUCUCCCUUCACACAGGCCAUUAUAUACAGAUGCGUGGAAAACAAAAUCCCCAAGAAAACUCUUGAGUCUUAAUGGUCUAUAGAAAUAGGUUCACUCCUUGAAAAUAAGGUGUCUAAAAGGUGUUUCGUGGUUUCUGUAUUUCUUUUCACUUUGCCAGAAAGUGUUCUUUAAUGGAAAAAAGAAAAGAAAAAGAAAAACUUUCUAUUCUCAUUUACUAAUGAAUUUCAAUAAACUUUCUUACUGAUGCAAACUA